CUGGGAGAGAGCGGGAACGAGCAAGCCGGAACUUGAGCAAGCAGGCGCCUGCAGGAGAGCGCACCGAGCGCUUGAUUAGAGGUAAGGGAGGUAGGUAUAAGAGGUAAGAAGGAGUUGGGGAACGGAGAUGGGAGGAGGGAAGGUGGCUGAGCGGAAUGGCGGGGUAGGGUGGACGGCCCUCUUAUGUGUGCUGGCUUCUCUACUACCGCCACCGGGGUACCGGGGACGUAAGAGAGUUGACAGUCAACACGACACGAGGCGGUGUUGUUUGGCAGGAGAAUGGUGGGACGAGUGGGCCGAGCGCGAGGCAAUCAAGGAUGAGAUGGGGCGGUGAGGCGGCGGAAGAAGGGGCAAAGAAGGUGGAGGUGAUGGGCUUGGUAGAUGAUGCCAAGGGGGGCUUACUCGGAGUGAUGUGCGUCUUUGGCGCCGCGAUGUUCGCAAGAGGUGAACGAUGGCAGAGGAGAAGGAGUGGAGAGAUGAAGAGAUGCGAUGGAGUGGGUUGGGAAGGGAGUGAGACGGAGGAAGGUCCAAUGAUCCAUGGCUCAUGCUCCGGUGAGACCGGCGAGCCCGGCGCGCCGGCGACGGAGAAGCAGGAACAGGGCGAGAGUGUAUGUGUGUGCACGGCCAAGGGAGGGAUGGGGAGCCGGGGGAAGAAGGUAGAGGGCAAAGGAGAAGGAGGAGAAGGAAAGGGGACGCCCACGUUACCGAGCUUUGAACGAGCAAGGGGUAGAACUCAAGAGAAGGAAGAGAUGGAGAUGGAGAGCGAAAGACUUAAGGCCGGGCAGGGGCAGGAGCUUGGGAAAGGCGAUCACUCACUGUGCGCGGAGGAUAAAGUGGCGAGGUGACAAUCUUCAACGGAGCAGUGCCACAAGAGGUACAGAGGGAGG